AUGGAGGAGCAGCCUGCCGCCGCGGAUUCCUCCUCCUCCGCCAGCCCGACGAACUGGAGGAAGGAGGUGGACGAGCGGCUUCGCCGGCUCCACUCCCUCCUCUUCGGCGCCGAAGCCGCGCUCGAGCGCGGGGAUGCCGCGGCGGCGCAGGCGCUCGCGCUCCGCCUCCUCGGCUUCCUCGAUUCCCAGACCCUCUCCGCCGACGCGGGUCCCGAAGCCGCCUUCGUCGCGCCCAUCCGCGCCGCAGCCUCUUCCUGCCUCGCCGCCGCCUCCCGCGCCCGCGCGCCCGAAUCGGACCGUGCAGUGUUUGAACUCGCAAAAAAAGAUGUUUACUGUGUUUUUACGAAGCAAGGAGACGUCAACAUUGAAAAGGUCAAGCGUUCAAAGUAUUUUCAGGCUCUUCAUCAGAAAAAUGCUGCUGAUCCACUGAACGCAGCUUGCCAAGAGUUCACAAUUCAAGGGGGUUCACAUAUUGUGGAAAACCCACCUGACCUAGAAAACGAGAAACUUAAUGUCAGGGCUUCAAAGUUAAUGACACAAACAAAAAUAACAUCGUCGUAUAGCAGCAAGUUCUUGAAGGCAAAUAGUGUGUCAGACAAGAAUAUGUUCAAAUCAGAGGGGAACGUGUCUAAAGAGUUUGCUUGUGUUGAAAAUGAGAUCAGAACAAAUCAGGAUAACAAGCAUCCUGUUUAUCUGGGGCUUGAAGAGGAUGAGAAACACUGUGGGCCAUUGCAAAUUGCAAAACGAAAGCAUACAGGGUUCAGAAGUCCGAUAUGUGAACAUGCAAAUUCUCCAUCAAGCAACGAUGAAACUGAUGCUCCUGCUAAUGGGUUUGUGACUGCCAGGAUAAAGUUGGCGAUGGAUGCUGUGCAGAAACAUGGGCAUAAUGGUCACCAAGGUGCUUCUGUAUCUCCACAAUGCGAUAACAACCUUAGUACACGGAAUUAUGGUGCGAGGCCAAGCUGGAAUUCUCGUCGUGGACCACGUGGUAAUUUUGUCCCUCCUAUCCGAAACAACGGAGGAUCCACUACAAUCAACUCACGAGUUACUGGGAAGAAUGAUGAUCCCAUGGAAGAUUCAACAAAAAAAUGUUUAGAAAUGCUUUGUGGCCCUGAUGGUGAGCUUCCUGAGAAACUGAGGAAUCUGGAACCUCGCCUUAUUGAGCACAUUAGCAACGAAAUAAUGGAUAAAGAUCCUAAUGUUCGCUGGGAUGACAUAGCUGGUUUACAUCAUGCAAAGAAGUGCGUGACAGAGAUGGUUAUUUGGCCCCUACUACGUCCAGACAUCUUUCGUGGUUGUCGGUCUCCUGGAAGAGGUCUACUACUAUUUGGACCUCCCGGGACAGGCAAAACCAUGAUCGGAAAAGCAAUAGCUGGUGAGGCCAAGGCAACAUUCUUCUACAUAUCUUCAAGUUCACUCACAAGCAAAUGGAUUGGUGAGGGUGAAAAGCUGGUCCGAGCACUAUUUGGUGUGGCCUGUUGUCGUCAGCCUGCUGUCAUAUUUGUGGAUGAGAUAGAUUCACUACUAUCUCAGCGCAAAUCAGAUGGUGAACAUGAAUCAAGUAGGAGGUUGAAAACACAGUUUCUAAUCGAGAUGGAAGGUUUUGACAGUGGAAACGAGCAAAUUUUACUCAUAGGAGCAACAAACAGACCUCAAGAAUUAGAUGAAGCAGCACGCAGGCGACUUACAAAGCGUCUAUACAUCCCCCUUCCUUCAUCAGAAGCACGCACUUGGAUAAUUCACAAUCUAUUGGAGAAGGAUGGCCUUUUCAAGCUCUCAGAGGAAGAAACAGGUGCCAUUUGCAAGUUAACAGAAGGUUACUCAGGAUCUGACAUGAAAAAUCUUGUGAAAGAUGCUUCAAUGGGGCCACUAAGAGAAGCUUUCCAACAGGGUGUUGAAAUCACAAAGCUCAACAAGGAGGAAAUGCGACCGGUGAUGCUCAAGGAUUUUGAGGCUGCUCUGCAGCAGGUCAGACCUUCUGUUUCCGCAAGCGAACUGGGGAUUUAUGAAGAAUGGAACAAGCAGUUUGGCAGCCUAGCAAUCUAAUUUGCAGAGAUAUUCUCAAAAAGCAUAAUGGACUUCUCGUACUCCCUCUGUACGAAAUAAGUUGGCGCAACUUUUUUUUCAAAAUGAGAAACCUACACACUGAAACGUGUCUAGAUACAUGCCAAAUCUGACCAAAGCUGCGUCAACUAAUAUGGAACGGACGGAAUACUGAUUAUGUGGUGUUCAGGAUGCUUCACUAACCCUUUGUUAGUAUUGUGUUAUGUUCAUCCAAUUAUAGCCAAUCUAAAUACAAUUAUGUGUAGUGAAUCUUGUCUCAUGUAAUUUGAGUACUUAGGGUAAAUAUGGGAGAGUUCGAGUUAAUCGUCUUGUAACUUAUGAUUCACAGUUAGCAGGGAGCAUGGUUCUGUCAGACAAAGGUUAUGAAACAUCCGGGCAGCAACAGUCAAUCUAGUAACCUCUGUGCACACACAUGCCUUCAAUUAAUUGUCACCAUUCAGCGAUGAAGUCAUGCAGUGUUCCAUGUCUGUCAGCAGAACACAUUGCGUGGGGAAAUGAAGAUCCUGAUAAUUUGGUUCUAUCGUAUGUGUUGCUGGACUUGGAACUAUUUUGCAGCUUGUAACUCUGCAUCGUUUGCGCAAAUUUUCAUCAUUGCAAAUACACCAGGUUUGAAUGUAA